GUUAAGCUCAAAAAUAAGAUUGAAGGAAUUCUCCAGUGCUUACAUGGUUGAGCCUUCGAGAGACUUUCUGAAACAGCUGGCAAAAGCACAGGAUGUCAUGGAAAGCGCAAGGGCGUUAGAAUACGAAGUAAAAGCAAGCAAGAGCUGUUGUGGUGGGGUUUCCCUUAACUAUUCACGUCGAUAUAUUAUAGGCAAGCAAAUAGGAAGGUUGACUCGAGAAGUUUUUCAGCUCAAGGAGAGAUUGGAAUCAAUCUCAUGUCAAGGUAACGGUCCAUUAAGACUCCCCUCGGUAAAGGUAUGUUCCAAUAAGAGAGAGACAGAUAGGGAGGGUGGGCCCCACCUGGGAGAGAAUCCAACUCUGGUCCCAGUGAGUCAUUCAAAAAACUUCAUUGCCUUCGAGUCUAGAGAAGAGCCAUAUGGUGAACUAUUCACGGCUCUGAAAAAUGAUGACAUUGACAUGAUUGGGCUCUAUGGAAAGAGGGGUUGUGGUAAAACAUUCUUGGCCUCAGAAAUAUGCAGGGCUGCGAUGCACUCGAAGCUCUAUGAUGUGGUUAUAUUUUACACGCUCUCCACUAAUUAUACAAGCGUCUCAUUAAUUCAAGAUAAGAUUGCACACAGUUUAGGCUUAAUCUUAGAUGAAGACAAACGCCAUAGAGCUGCAACGCUCUCCGAGAGGUUGAAUAAUGGUGACAAAUUUCUUAUAGUCCUGGAUGAUAUUGUAGAAGAGCUUAAUCUCGAAGACAUAGGGAUUCCCCCUGGUAAAAAUAGCAAGGUUAUUUUGAUUGCUUCGGGAUUACGUGCCUUGGUGGGUUGUCAAAAAGUGACCUCUCUGUCACCUUUGACCCAAGAGGAAGCUGGGAUGCUAUUCCAAGGACAUGUGGGCACAAUAGAAGAUGAAGUUUUGGCGCAAGAGAUUGUAAAAAAAUGUCAAGGAUCACCCCUUUCAAUUACAAUCGUGGCUGAAUCUUUGAAGGGCAGUUCUGCUGAUAGGUGGAAGGAAGCAUCUGGAGGUUAUAAUGACCGAGCAAUGGUUGACAAAUGUGUGCGAUUAAGUAUUGCAAAAUUGCGCUAUGACGCGAGCUCACUUUUCGUAUUAUGUGCUUUCUUUCCAGAAAAUUCAAACAUCACUCUCGAACUUUUGAUCAGAUGUGCAUUUGCAUCGGGCAUAUUUGAGAAUGUUCAGUCAUAUGAAAGAACCAGAAGCAAAGUAGGUGCCGUCAUUGAUGAACUCCUGAACUCUUGUCUGUUAUUGCUAGCUGAAGAAGGGCAAUAUUUUCACAUACGCAACUUGGUGCGUCAAGCAGCUUUGGGAGGAACGAAAGCUCGAGUAAUUAGAGGGCCUGGAGAGUAUUUAACGGCCACAAUAACAAGAAAGGUCGAUGAUACAAAAAGAUUAUAUUGCCAUGAUAUAACUAAAUACCCAAAUCAGUUAAUGUGCCCUGAACUUAAGAUUCUAUUUGUUUCUGAUGACAGAGGGUGCUCACCAGAAUUUUCAGAUAUUGUUUUCAAAGUCACUACAGAGCUGAGGGUGUUGGCCAUUACAAAUGCAUGUACAUUGAGAACACCAUAUUUUUGGUUGCCCCAAUCAGUUGAAGGGUUGAAAAAUCUUCGAUUUCUUUGCUUGAGAGGAUGGAACUUGGGCAAUAUCUCUAUCUUGGGAAACUUGGAGAUGCUUAACACUGUUGAGCUAUUAUAUUGCACAAUAGAGGAGCUACCCAAAGAAUUAUGGAGACUAAGGGAGUUAAGGUUACUUGAAAUAUCAGGGUGCAGCAUAGGAGGAGGUGAUCCUGUCGAGGUGGUAGCAAGAUGUUUUCAACUAGAGGAGAUGUAUUUUGUUGGAAACGAUCUUCAAGAAAGUGUUUUAAGGGAUCGUACCCUUGUUGAUUUAUUGUACCAAAUUAACUUCUCUAACGUAUUGCAAAGUCUUAUCAAGCUAGAAGUGUCUUCUUCAAAUUGCAAAAGUUGAAUGUCGAGAACAUGAAGUGCUUGGAAGCCUUAUGCCAUGGUCCACCUCCUUCUGGCCUUUUUGAGAAACUGGAGGAGCUAUUUAUAAUGGGGUGUAACCAGUUACAUCGCAUAGUCUCAGUUGGCAAGUUGAACUUGUGUA